AUGUCGCAAGAAGAUAAUGGCACCGCUUCGGCCGAGGCCGAAUUACUGGCCGCCGAUGACCAAGGCAAUCAGGACGGCACCGUUCAAGGCCAGCCGGCAGCACAACUGCAGGCCCAGCAACCGUCACGCGCUGAAUCAUUUUUCGCCAUCACCAAAUCGCUGAUCAUUAGAGCAUUGAUUAUUUAUUUCAUUUCGUCAUUCUUUCGCCGUCCCGCUCCGGAUGCCGGUGUGAACCAACAGGCAGCGGGCAAAUCGAAGAUAAAUGCGUGGAAUCUGUUCGAUAAUGGCACAGUUUUCGAUUUGCACGUGUACAUUUCGGAUGAUCAGUACAAUGUGGACUUCAACGAUCCGAACAGUUUAGUUUGGCUGCAGGAGGGCUUGAUUUACGGCGAUUGGUAUGGAGGUCGCGAAAAGGACGGCAUUUUUACGCUCAAUACUCAUAUCAAAGCUUCCGAGCAGCUGAUGAACAAUGGAUCGAUAUACCUGCACACGUACGUCACUAGGACGGGGCUUAGUCCGAACCCGGCAGCGGGUGAAGAUUUUGCGGGUAAAAAUAUGGGUCAUGCGAGAGCCAUGCUUAGCAAAUACAAACGGAUAAAGCGCACCAAGACGCAUAACUUGCUAGCGGGAGAGAAGGAACAGUUCGAAAAGGAGCUGGAAAAUGCGCUCGUGGACGAUAAGAUACUUGCGCACUGGCAUCCAAAUCUGACGAUAAAUCUUGUCACGGAUCAAACGAACUGGGUGAAAGGAUCGGUGCCACCACCAUUGGACGAGUACAUUAAAUUUCUUCCCGGAGGGCAAACGUAUCUUCCGAUCGUGUUCUACAACGACUACUGGAAUAUGAUGAGAGAUUAUCAACCCAUUAACCAGACUACUCCCGUGUUAGAACUGAACCUAGCGUAUCAACCACUGUCACUGUUCAAGUGGCAACUGUACGCGGCUCAGACGAUGCGCAAUAAAUGGGCCAACAACAUGUUCACUGAAGCGUUAUCCGGUGGUUCCGAGACGGAUGAAGAUCAAGACUCGUUGAAGGAAGCGUUACUGGACAAUAAUCCGUACCUGUUAGGCAUCACGAUCGUGGUAACGAUUCUGCACAGUGUAUUCGAACUGUUGGCAUUUAAAAACGACAUCCAGUUCUGGAACAACCGCAAGUCGCUGGAGGGUCUUUCCGUUCGAUCAGUAUUUUUUGGUGUAUUUCAAUCGUUGAUCGUGCUGCUGUACGUGCUGGACAAUGAGACAAACUUCAUGAUUAAGAUCAGCUGUCUGAUGGGGCUUGGUAUUGAGGUGUGGAAAAUCCAGAAGGUGGUUAACAUCAAUAUAAGCAAGGAAAAUCUGGUCUUCGGAUUUCUGCCCCGCAUUAGCUUCACCGACAAGGGAUCGUACGUGUCCAGCACCAGGCAUUACGACAAUCUUGCCUUUAAGUAUCUGGGAUGGGUGUGUUUCCCGCUGCUGGUGGCGUACAGUGUGUACAGCGUGCUGUACCAGGAGCAUAAAGGAUGGUAUUCGUUCGUACUGAACAUGCUGUACGGAUAUCUGCUCACCUUUGGCUUCAUCAUGAUGACGCCACAGCUGUUUAUCAACUAUAAGCUGAAGUCGGUCGCCCAUUUACCGUGGCGAAUGUUGACCUACAAAUUCUUGAACACGUUCAUCGAUGAUAUUUUUGCCUUUGUGAUCAAAAUGCCUAUGAUGUAUAGAAUCGGAUGCUUCCGUGAUGAUAUUGUCUUCUUUAUCUUCCUUUACCAACGCUGGAUCUACAAGGUCGAUUCGAAACGUAUGAAUGAGUUUGGGUUCUCGGCGGAAAUGCUCGAAUCCAAGGGUGACGCAUCCAAAGCGAACGCAGCAUUGACUGAAGCUAGUCUUAGCAGUGGCGAUGAACGGGAGGCUCCAGAAUCGACCAGCCAACCUUCUUCCCCCAAUGCAAAGAAAAGGAAGAACAAAAAGUCUUCCCCCAAACGGAAGGGAGGCAACAAGACGGCCACUGAUAAAAAAGAUGACUAA